UCUUGAAAAACAAAAAGAAUAGAAAAGAAAGACUCGAUUUAGAUUUUAUACUCCUGCGGGUAAGGUGAGCUAUGAACCAGUCAUCCGCUGCAUCCUCUUAACUGAUUUCAGCAAUCGCAGCUUCGAAGGUUCAUCUGCAAUUGGUUUCGUUUCUACUGUUAAUCUCUGUAAUCCCAAGAGCUUUGAACUGUAAUUACUCGUCUAUUGGUACGCGACAAGAAGUUUCAGUUCGUGACUCAUAAAACAGCCAUUUUCCGCGGGGAUGGCGAUUUUGACACAUGGAAGUCCGAAUUUCAGAAUUUUCUGUGAAAGGGAGGGGAGCUUGUUUUUAGGUAUUUCUGCUGCUCCAGUUUUGCCUCAGAGGGUGGGAGUUUACGGGCAUUUUGUGAAAGGGAGAGGAACUAGUCGAAGGUUGUCGAAGAAGGAACUCUGUGAUUUCCCUGGGAAAGGAUCCUUUGCCGCAAGGAACAUUGUCUUCACUGUCCCUAGGGACAGUAGCUCUUCAAACACAAGCAGCAGCAGCAGCAAGGACGAUCCUUCAAAUCAAUCCGAGCAAACACCUUUUGGUUACACGAGGAAGGAUGUUUUAUUCAUUGGAUUGGGCGUCACAAUUCUUGGAUUUGGGUUGAAAAGUGGAUUAGAGUUUGCUGGGUAUGAUCCCAUGCAAGCAGGCAACGUGGUCCAGCUUGUACUGGUUUUGGGCUUAACGCUUGGAUGGGUUUCCACGUACAUGUUCAGAGUUUCAAACAAGGAUAUGACAUAUGCUCAACAACUACGUGAUUACGAGGACAAAGUCAUGCAGAAACGUCUGGAGAGCCUUACAGAAGCCGAGCUAGUAGCGUUGCUCGAACAAGUCGAGGAAGAGAAGAGCCAGUCAGCUAGUGGUGAGCAGGUCAAUUGAAGUCAUUUUAAUCCUUAUUUGUUAGAAGUUCUCCGACUAGAAUUGUGCAUAUGAUCUUCUAUAUGGGCAGUGUAUAAUAAGUUUCUGAUGCUUAGAUAAUGCAUUUUAGAUAGCUGUAAAAACCAUUAAUACAUAAUUUGCGCUGCACUAAACUACCUGGCGAUGAUUCUUAUCUUUUAAAUAAUAAUAGGAAACUGAAAUUAAAUUGCAGAGAUGCAAAGGGUUGAGUAAUAAGAUAAAAUUACUCUCG